AGUAAGUUGUAAGUGUCCUUACAAGAAACAGGUUUAGUCGACGGCUAUACCACUGAAUCUGUUGAAUACCAUGCUGUUUAGUAGUUAAUUGACUUGUUCUUAGGAUUCACCGAAAUUAACGCGCGGAAAUCACUAUCUUAGUGGAGGUGGUGCGAUAAAUUUCUGGGGGAGAAACGUAUACGAUGGCACCAACUAUCCAAUUUGGACCGGACAGGGUUCCUUUUGUUCAACUUGGGGAGCAUAUACUAAGAUUAGAUUUAGAAGAAUUAAAUGAAGAAUGGCGGGAAAGAUCACGUAUUGAACUUCGGGAAACACCUGAAGUUGCCGAGAGUGCUAUGGAGCAACUAAGGACCUUAUUAAAGGGAGAAGAAAAUCUGAACGUUCCUUUGGACGAUACCGCCUAUCUAAUUAAAUUUUUACGACCAUGCAAAUUUUAUCCGGAGAGUGCUUUUCGACUGAUGAAGAGAUAUUACAAGUUUAGAUACAAACAUCCGGAAUUAUCAUCUAAUUUGAUGCCAAUAACCAUAAAGCAUGUGUUGGAGGAUGAUGUAAUUGCCUUUAUUCCUGUUAGAGUUGAUCACGGCUGUCGCAUGAUGGUGAUUGAUAUCGGAAAAUGGAAUGUCAAAAACGUGUCCAUUAUAGAUAUGUUUAGGACGGUACUUUUGGUUAUGGAGGUAGGCUUGAUAGAGCCUAUGACUCAAGUUGCUGGCGUCCACGUUUUGUUUGAUAUGCACGGGUUGAGCUUAAAUCAAAUUUGGCAGUUUACCCCUAGCUUUGCCAAAAUGGUGCUGGAGUUUGUACAGGAAUGCACAUCAUUAAGGCUAAAGGGGAUACACAUCUUAAACCAACCGUUUAUUUUUAAAAUGCUAUGGUCAAUAUUUAAACCAUUUAUAGGACAAAAAUUAAGGAAACGGAUAUUCUUUCACGGUACCGAUAUAGCAUCAUUUCAUUCUCACAUUUCCCCAGAGCUGUUACCUAAAGCGUACUAUGGCAACUUAGAUAUUCCUCAUUUGCCGGGAGCCUUACUUGCUGAAAUGCUACUAAAGUAUGAUCCUGAGUUUGAGAUGUGCUCCAAAAUUGGGUAUACCAAAGAAAACUGUAAAUCCACAUGAUUCAUCAUUUUGGCGGUAAUGGUUUACGAAACACGGUAGGAACCAUUCUGGUUGUCAAUUACAGAUUUAUUGUAGGUACUUUUUAAUAGUGUUUAUAUGUUAAAAUAAACUUUUGUGAAUGUUUGUUAAAAUCAA